UUACCCAACAAUUCUCUCCCACCUCUCUCUCUCUCGCUCUCUCGCUCUCUAGCUCCUUCCUUAAUCCCACUCUCGCUUUCUGCUUCUACACUGAUCGGCGUUCUUCAUUCUCCCUCUUCUCUAGCUCGAUUUGAGAGUUAAUCGGGAGAAAAAUCUGUCCAAAAACAGAGAAAGAAGAAACAGAGAGCACUCUGCUUUUUUUCGCCUAGUUAGCUCACCCCAUUCCAUUUUCCAACACCUUCAAAGAAGGUUCUAACUCGGUUUUCUUAUAAGAGAUGACGAACCAAAAUGUUGUAGUGCCGGACACGAAAUCAGGGAUCAACUUGCCAAUGGUCCGUCUUUCGGGCUCGUCGAUCUUCCCGGCAACGGCCCAGAAGCCGCCGACGGCUCCUGGAACCGGCGGCGGGGGCUGCAUCUCUCUGUCGACCAAGAAGAAGCUCCUCCUCGAGAAUCUGGAAAUCAAUGGCGGCGGCGGAGGAGGAGCCAGGAUUAACUCCUGGAUUGACUCCAUGAGAGCUUCCUCGCCGACCCACAUGAAGUCGAGUUCGCAAUCUCUAUCGGAAGAUCAGCAGCUCCCAUGGCAGCAGCAGCAGCAGCAGAUUACUCUGCCGUCGGCCAUGGAUAACUUCGACCAGAUAAUGGAAGCUUCUCGAGGGAAGCAAAUUGUCAUGUUCCUCGACUACGAUGGCACCCUUUCCCCCAUUGUCGACGACCCAGAUCGUGCUUUCAUGUCCAAAAAGAUGAGGACGACUGUUAGAAGGCUGGCUAGGUGUUUCCCCACAGCCAUAGUGAGCGGAAGAUGCAGGGACAAGGUGUACAAAUUUGUAAGGCUAGCAGAACUCUACUACGCUGGUAGCCACGGGAUGGACAUUAAGGGUCCGGAGAAAGGCUCCAAGUACACUAAAAUAAAUCAGGGGACCGAGCCGGUGAUAUGCCAGCCGGCGAGCGAGUUUCUGCCGAUGAUCGACGAGGUGUUCAAGGAGUUGGUGGCGAAAACGAAACUGACUCCCGGAGCCAAAGUCGAGAACAACAAGUUCUGCGUUUCGGUUCACUUCCGGUGCGUGGAGGAGAAGAAAUGGAGUGAAGUGGCGGAAGCCGUUAAGUCCGUUUUGAAGAAGUAUCCCAAACUCCGCCUUUCACAAGGAAGAAAGGUACUGGAAAUCCGACCCACAAUUAAGUGGGACAAAGGCAAGGCUCUGGAAUUUUUGUUAGAGUCUCUUGGUGUUGGUGUUGUUUUCCUUAUCGCAGGAUUCGCAAAUUGUACCGAUGUUUUCCCUGUUUAUAUUGGAGAUGAUCGAACUGAUGAAGAUGCAUUCAAGGUAUUGAAAGAGAGGGAGCAAGGAUUUGGGAUUCUUGUGUCCAAAGUUCCAAAGGAAACUAAUGCUUCUUAUUCCCUCCAGGAACCUACCCAGGCAAGUCUCCAAAAUAUAUUCCAUAAUUAUUAAAUUGUGAUAAUAAUUAUUAUUGUGUAAUUAGUUAGAUGAUCACUUUGGCUAAUGGUGGGAGAUUGUGUCGAUUCCUUGCAGGUUAUGGACUUCUUGCAACGAUUGGUGGACUGGAAAAAGCUGGCUUUCCAGGAGUCCAGGAUGUAGAUUCAUUGAUCAGUACUACUGCGGGAUUGGAUUGAUGGAGUUCUUAAUUGUAUUAAUUAGCAUCUAUUCUUAGUUAAUUAAGUUGUAUAAUUAUGAAAUCAAGGAAAAAGAAGGGGGAAAAAUUGUACAUCCCGGGUACCCUGGACCCUUUUGAGGGGGUAAAAGAAUGUAAGGAGGGUGGGAGAAUAUUAGUUUUUUUUUUUUUUGUAUUUCUAAUUUCUCCCUUAAGUUCCUUUUUGUUAGAGGGGAAGUUGGAUUAAAUCCAUGUAAUUAAGGGAGAAAUUAACAGGGGAGGAGGGUUUAACCAUUUUGAGUUUUACUCUUUGCCUUUUGGUUUAGUAAAUGGCCUUUUCUUUGUACAUCUUUUGUAACCAGCCAUCGAUCUGUUUGUGGUUAUAUAUGAAGGAAGGAAAGCAAGACUUUU